AUGUCAGAGCCAGACAUAUCGGCCUCGGCGGCCGCUGCUGUCUCGCCAUCCCAGCCAGCGCCGCCAAAUCAAGAUCAGCAGCAAUCAAUAGCAGAACCCAUGCCUCUCCAAGCAGUACUCGACCAGCACCAAGACGCUACAGCAUCAGCUACUUCAGCCGCUCCUGUCAAUCUUGACCUCGACCUGAGCGUGGUACAAGAUCCUAUCCUCGAUCUCUGCCCCUCUCUCGACAUUCUCAAGCAGAUCGCUCGUUCCUCCACCCUCCAUGCACAGGUCAAGAAGGAUAAGCUCAGCAAAGCACUCCUCAGAGCUGCUAGCAACGGCGACACCGACAUGCUUUCCUGGUUGCUCGACUCCCGUGCUGAAGCUCGCCAAAUCAUCUCACACCACCCUUCCCGCAGAGACUCGCAGGGUAGACCUAGGAUUGCUUUCGAGCAUAUACGGGACGAGGAGGGUACCGGCCCUGUUGUGCUUGCUACCUGCGCUGGACACAUUGAUGCAGUCACCAUGCUCAUCCUGAACGGCGCAGAGAUCGAUGAGAGGGACGCUUGCGGUUGGACGCCGCUCAUGUGGGCUACAAACAGCUCCAAUCUUCCGCUUGCUAGCUUCUUGCUUAGCAGAGGUGCAGAUGUCGAUGCGAAGAGUACAAGGGGUACAACCUGCGAAGACUUCAUCCUGUCCGCUGCGCCCGAAGCAGCCACGUCGAUGGCUCCAGCACAGAACCACGCUGCUACGACAGAGCAAGAAGCCAUUGCAGAUCUUAUCUACGAACAUCAACGAUACAUUUCUUCCCAGCAGUCUGCUGCACAACGUCUCAAUGGUCUCUAUCUCGACACCUCACCAGAUUGUCCAAAGCCUUUGUCAUCAUCUUUACAAAACAUAGACCCAGACCGACAAAGCAGCGCUGCUGUCAGCCCAACUCGUUCUUCUCGCUCCUCUAUUCCAUCUUCUUCCAGUCCUUUCAAACCCGGUCACUCGAGAACCGGCUCUCAACUCACCCAACGAAGGCUUGUAGGCAGAUACGAGCGAGCUCAUCUUGUCGAACAGAAGAAUAAGCAGAAAGAGCUUAGUGAUACCCGCAAGAGUGCAUUAGCUGACAUUGCUACGCUGCUCGAGCUCGAUUUGGACACCUUGACAGGCGAGCCGGCCCCUUCAGAGUCAAAUGCUGGUGGUAGCGGAAGGGCCAACGACCCCUCCUCAUCCUCAUCCCUAUUCGCAAGACGGCGAAGAGGAGCAGCGGCAAAAACCGCCCACACUGAUCUAGCUUCUGGUUGUGGUGCAGCUGAAGUUGGUGCAGACUUACUCUCGGUCGAAUUCGACUGGAAAUCCGUCCGAAGCGAUCAAAUGCUCGUGUUUGGCAACGCCGAUCUUGACCCUCUUCUCAGCAUGCUCAUCACCAACAUGAGACCUAUCCGUGCGCCAUGGACGUCUCGUGCAGCACCAGCGAAUGUUCUCUUUCUCUGCGCGAGAUAUGCUUGCUUACUGCAAGACGAGGAUUUGUUGGAAGAACUAUUUCUAGGCGCAAUAGAUCGGAUCGAGGGUGUGAUCUAUUCCCAUCCUACCGACAUGACCUACCUCGCCUUCUGGCUGUCCAAUUGCUGUUUGCUGCAUUACUACAUGGACAAGGACAGGACGCUGCGCAAGUCAAGUUCGGUCAGGGAGUAUCGCAGUUUGUUGGCGGAUCUGUUGAACGAGAUCUCUGUGUUCAUUAUUAGAGAUGCCGAGAGGAGGAUAGAUAAAGUGCUGGAUGCGGCCAUGUUGGAUCAUGAAGCGAUUCCAGGCUUUGAAGAGGUACGGUUUGAGGGGGAAUGGAAGUUCAUGAAAACGCUUGCGGGGAGUGUCAAGGGGAUUGGACAACAGAGCUCCUUGUCCCAAGGUAUGAAUUCCAGUGCAAGCUCGAGGAGGCCGAUCAGUCAGAUCUUUGGUACUGGUAGAAAAGAUGAUGCCUCUUCAAACACUACACCGGAAGGCAGCACCCAUUUGUCAUCCUCUCCCUCCCUGGGCAAUGGCCGACCGUUGAACCCUUUUGGAUCAGCAACUGUAGGCCCUUCUUCUUCUUCUUUCCGCAACCACGCCGGCGGAGACAGUUCACUACGCAAAGGACUAGGUGAAUCAUUCCGCGCCAUCCGCCACGUCUCCAACUACGCCUCCGCCACCGACCUCCUCACCGCUCCCACACCCCGAACCAUCUCCUCCCUCCUCAGAUCCACCCUCCAAGUCCUCCAAUUCUACGAGAUCAACCCAGCGAUCAUCAUCCAAGCUCUCUCCCAAAUCUUCUUCUGGGUCGGAUGCGAACUGUUCAACCGUGUCAUCACUCGCAAGCGCUACCUCUGUCGUUCCCGAGCUAUCCAAAUCCGAAUGAACGUAUCGGCGCUCGAAGAUUGGGCUCGUUCCAACGCUCUUCCUCUUUCGAUAGUGCAUGCGCACUUGAGUCCCUUAUCGCAGUUGAUUAGCUGGUUACAGUGUCAAAGCUCGCUACAGGAGUUCGAUGGAUUGAUAGCAACGAUGCAAGGAUUGAAAGCACUGACACCGGUACAGAUGAGGAGGGUGGUGAAGGAUUAUAGGUAUGAAGUGGGGGAGACGAGGAUGAGUGAAGAGUGUUUGCAGUAUUUGGAUCAGUUAAUUAUUGAUUGGAGGAGAAGACAAGAUGAACAGCUGAGACAGGCGAAGGAAGAGGCGAGAAAGGUGCAGAUGAGGAAGAGCAAGGUGAAGAAACAGAACAGUGGUCAUGCGAGGCAUGGAACGGCUAGACAGGAGGAUUAUACGCCUGAGUCCAGGUCGCUUGAUGAGAAGAUGGAUGAGGAAAACGAGCAGGAUGAGGAUGAGGAUGAGGAUGAGGAUGAUAUGGGGCUCAAGGAUGGGAUGGCUGAUAAAAGCAUCAACAGCACAGGCACAGCCAAAGUCAGCAAAGAAGAUUCCGAGCCGUUGACUGUGGCGGAAGCCACUGUUCGAUCGGCCCAACUCAUGAUCGAUGAAUUGUUCAUGCCAGGUAAAAGCAUGUCUGACUACGUCCCUCCCUGGACAGCAGCCGGCUCUCCACUCGGCUUGCACGAUGAUGGAACCUCCUCCCCCGGCAGUGCUCCACCUUCCCCCACAAAAGCAGAUGGUCUCCUCAACAGUCGAGAAAUGCUUCCCUUUGCACUCCCCACCAAACGCAACGCACUCAUCGUCACCCCCGGCGAUGCCUUCGGUUUCGGUCGUGGACACUUCACAGGCACAGGCACCCCCUCCGUCCGUAGCGUCAACGGUGAUAGCAAUGCACCCUCCACCUCUUCCUCUCGACGUUCUUCUAUCGUCUCUUCGUCUUCCCAUCCCUCCUCUAUUCCAGCUGAUACCACCCUCACUGGCGCAGGAGGGGAAGAUGAAGAGAUAAAAAGCGAAACUUCAUCCCAUACUGAUGCAAGUGGCGUCUCCCAAACAAGCUCGCUUUUCCCACAAGGCAAAGGAUUUGCUGCUGGAGGAUAUUGGUCUCCCGUGCCCCUCCUUCCGGAAGGGAUGUUGGACAGAAUCGAUGCGAUGUUGAAAGCUGCAGCUGCUGUUGUUCCUAGUAUUGGCAUAGGAGAUAGGAGUAGGAAUAUUUUGCUUGCUGAUCAUGCAUCUGAUGAGCAUCUGCCUCUUCAUCAAAAUGCAGAGGAGGGAGGGAUGGGGUUACCGAGAUCAAGUCGGAUCGUGAUUCCGCUGAGAGAAAACUCCAUGCUCCAAUCUUCCCCGAUCAGAGCAACACAGGAAAAGGGAGGUAUAAUUGAAUACGAAAGACUCCACCUCAACACCUCCAACACGUGGAGAGGCGACGAAAUGGAAGAGGAAGAUGCGAAAACACCCGGUCCUUACCGUAAGGAUACUCUGAAACCUUCACUUUUCUCUACCUAA